CUGGCGCUCCGCACACUUCGCCUUGUUCCACAUCCCGGUGCGCGCAGCGAGAGGCUCAACAACAAAGUGCUAUCUUACUAAUUGUGCAUCAUUUGAUACGUGCUGUUUGUGCUACAACUUGCAAAGCACAACAAACAUUAGAUUUCAACAAACAGUAGAUGCUGCAACAGACCGCUGAACUCGACUUUGGCUGUCCAAUCUACGUGCCCUAAUACUUUUAUGAGUUUUGGGAAGAAACUUCUGCGGGAAACGAGGGAUCACCAGUACGCGCGUCCUGCAGAAUAGAUCCAUGGACACUGCGGGAUAGACGCGCCAUCACCAUCAUCCCAGUUUUAAUCGUUCCUUCUCCUCAAUCUGCUCGGAGGAAGAGAGGUGGACCUACUCCCGGCCAGCCGACGCGUGUCUUCUUUGUACACAGCAGCAGCUGCUCCUCAAUGCAUGGACACACACAUCGGCUCCUGCGAAGAUCUGAUGCCCCUUGAGGUACAGCUUGGAGCCCGUCCGACCUCCACGCGUGUUCCUGAGCGAUGAAGCGCCCGAGCAAGGUGUAAGAAGGUGGAGGAGAACAACUUAGAACCCACAGCAGCACGACGUUUGACGUGCGUCCUCUAUCACCACAACGCUUCCCAUCUCUCCGUUCCUCAGAAAGCUGCGGCCGGUUUCGCUCCCCGGAUUGUAAAAAAGGGUAGAAACAAACUGAGCUCUGUUUAGAAUAGGUUCGCUUCCCCCCCGAGGCACCAUGGAUGUAAGGUUUUAUCCGACGGCUGGAGGGAAUUCUAUUCCAGGAGACCCACAGAACCUGGAUUUUGCCCACUGUUUGGGGUACUACAACUUCAAUAAGUUCCAGAACAACAACUACAUGAACAUGACGGACGCAAGUGGAGCCCUUCUCGCGGCUGGCGAUAAUCUCAUCGCAGCGCUUCUUGUUCUCCCUGUUCCUCUACAGAACCUGGGACCCGGCCACCUCCGCCAGUACCCCUCCAACCAGGCCAUGAUGAUGAGGUCCCUCAUCAACAUGAACAACCCCAACGGCAUGAUGCCCCGCGGUCACCUGACCACCAUCAACCAAUCCCAUCUCAACGCGCAGCUCGGCGUCAACAUGUCCGGCCCCAACAACAUCACCCACACCUCUCCGUCCCCGCCCACCAGCAAGUCGGCCACGCCCUCCCCCUCCAGCUCCAUUAACGAGGACGACCAGGAUGACAGCAACCGGGUCAUCGGGGAGAAGCGGCCCGCGCCCGUGGACCCCGCCAAGAAGCCCAAGACUCCAAAGAAGAAGAAGAAGAAGGACCCCAACGAGCCGCAGAAGCCGGUGUCGGCGUACGCGCUCUUCUUCAGGGACACCCAGGCCGCCAUCAAGGGCCAGAACCCCAACGCCACCUUCGGCGAGGUGUCCAAGAUCGUGGCCUCCAUGUGGGACGGCCUCGGCGAGGAGCAGAAACAGGUGUACAAGAGUAAAACAGAAGCUGCCAAAAAGGAGUAUUUAAAAGCACUCGCGGCAUAUCGCGCCAGCCUGGUUUCCAAGGCCGCCGCAGAGUCCGCCGAGGCCCAGACCAUGCGCUCGGUGCAGCAGACGCUGGCCUCCACCAACCUGUCCCCGGGCAUGGUGAUGCCGUCGCCCCUCGGCCAGCUCUCGCCCAUGCCCUCGCCCGGCCUGUCCGCCCUGCAGCAGGCCAUGCCGCGGGCCAUCGCCCCCAAGCCACUCCAGAUGAGACUAGGGGGCGGGGGCAAUCAAAUGGGGCCCUCGGCGCCGGGGGGCCACCAGAACAACGCCCCCUCCGGGAUGCCGCCGCAGAUGCUGGGCCAGAUGGGCGGCGGGGGCGGAGGCCAGGCCGGCUCUAUGUCCCAGAUGAGCCCGCCCAUGCCUGGGGGGCCGCCGCAGCAGCACUCCAUCCAGCACAUCCAGCAGCAGCAGCAGCAGCAGCACCAGAUGCAGAAGCACCUGCAGCACCACCAGAUGCAGCAGCAGCAGAUGCACCACCAGCACAUCCAGCAGCAGAUGCAGCAUCAGCAUUUCCAGCACCACUUGCAGCAGCAGCUGCAGCAGCACCACAUGCAGGAACAGCAGCAGCAGGUGCAGCAGCAGAGGCAACAGCAGCAGCAGCAGCAGCAGCAACAGCAGCACCAACAGCAACAGCAGCAGCAGCAACAGCAGCAGCAGCAGCACUUGCAGAUGCAGCACAUGCAGAUGCACCAACUGCAUCAGCAGCAGAUCCAGCAGAUCCAACAGCAGCAGCAGCAGCAGCAGCAGUCCCAGUGUUCCCCUCCCCAGCACUCUCCAGGCACGCCCCACUCAGUAAGCGGCUCCAGCUCCCUGGGCAGCCCCCAGCCCUCCAGUCAGCCCCAGCAGCCACACCCCUCCCAGAUCCAGGCGCACGCCCAGGCCAUGUCCCAGGUCAGCAUCUAUUGAGCCAAAGCGCAGAGUCCCUUUCUCAAAGAAUAAUAAAAAGCAUCAUUCUAGGUUGCUUUUUCUAAGUUGCACUUAAAAAGUGUGUCAAAAGAAAUAUGGGAAUGUUAUACAGGAGAAUUUGUCCAUUGUUAUAGACGGAUAUGCACAUAUGUGUACAGAGCGCGAAUACGAACGGUGGGUUUUGUCUAUGAAAUAGGCUGAGCUGUGAGGGGAGAUCUCGUUGCCUGGUUUCUCUGCUGGGUCUUUAAAUUGUGUUUGUUUCUUUAGGUUUCGUUGUGUUUCUUUUCACUGUCUCGUACGGGGGAAGACAUGAAUGUCUUUUUGCUGUUUUUAUUUAACAAUAAAGCUUUAUUUAUGAGAUCAGAGUUGUCAGUUCCGUCUAGCGAAUGGAUAUUUUGAAGUUAUUUUAACCAAACCAAUUUCGAACGGAAAGAUUCCCAGGUAGCGUGUUCUGGAAUGGUACCCACAAAUCAAUACCUGUUACCACACUGGCCAGUAUACUCUGAGAACCUCUCGCUGUACCUCUCUUUCACCCCUCAUUCCUUCGACGUAAUUGAUUAAAUACUGGCCAGGAGGAAAUGAUCAAACCAUCACAUGAUGUAGGAGGCUGAAGUGAUUUCCUAACACAUUGGACUCACGUCGCAGAGACAAGACAAAGGCUCCAGGACGCGUCGAGUGGAAGAGGAGACCUUUGGCUGCAUCUCACUGAAUGAAGGACAGAAUAGACGUGACAAAUACUGCCAUGAAUCACCUGCAUCACCCUGUCAUCGACUGUAGCUGUAAUCUGCUGUACAUGUUUGGGAGAGAGGAGCCAUCACUGUUCUAGGCUGAGUUCCCUUCACCCUCCGUUGUGUGUUCCUGGCACUCCAAAAACAAGAAGACAACAAAAGAUUCCACCCCUCUGAUGUGUUUGGUUUUUACUUCAGACGUUUAAUAAUUAAAUUCUGUUUUUAUUUUGUGUAUUAAAGGGAUAUUUUAUUGUUCAUACAAAUGUCAGGACCGAGGCAGAUGGUUUCACGAAUGAUGUAUUUUUACACUAUUCCUCAGGUCCUGAUUUGUCUCAACAACAAAAAAAAGCAUUCAAAAGAAGACUCUCUAAACCAGUUUGUUGCACUGUCAAAGCCAAUUGAAAAACAUUGGGGGGUAUUUUAGCCAGCUGUACAUAGAAUUCCUGAAAAAUAAAAUGUUGUACAUUUUUCAUAUCACUUGUUGUAAAGUUUUAAUAUGUAAGGCUUUAAUUAAAACGUUGGUAAACGACCUGUGGAUUGCUAUAUCACAUAGUGCAUUUAUGCUCUUUUGUACUUUUUUUAUGAGUUCCAUAGUGGCAUUUCAUUCCUUUUGUUUUUCGCUUAUAAACCAACUGCUUUUGAAAACCUGUCGAUAGAUUAUUGGUAUGACGUUCUUUGAGCAACUUGAUUAGUGGAGAUAAAUCAACCCUUGGAUUCUGCUUGACCAUGAAGACAAACACGGAGACAUUCCAUCACUAAUAUGACCGUAGCCAUAAUUUUGUAUGAAGUAUUAUAUAUUUCUUUGUGUCUCUUGAUGAUCAGAAUUAAAAUAACAAUCACAAAUA